UAUACUGUACUGUCGGUCUGUGUGUCAUGGUGACCUCCAUGUGAUGGCGAGUUACAGCAGAGCUGCCCAGCAAUGGGCCACAUUCUCCCGUGUAUGGCAUAUUAUCGAUGGCAGGAUGCAGCCGCCGGGGAAGAUCGCAGCGCUGUGCUGCACCCACCUGCAGGGGUUACACAAGCCAAUGUACCACCCUCUGAGUGACUGCGGAGACCACGUGGUGGUGAAGAACACCAGGCACAUCGCCUUCUCUGGGAAUAAAUGGGAGCAGAAGGUUUACUCCUCUCACACGGGUUAUCCUGGAGGUUUUAAACAAGUCACUGCAGCUGCACUCCAUCGAAAGGACCCGACCGCUAUUGUGAAAUUGGCAACUUAUGGAAUGCUGCCGAAAAACCUUCUCAGGAGGACCAUGAUAAUGAGAUUGCACUUAUUCGCUGAAGAGGACAUCCCUGAAGAAAUCUUGAGGAAUAUUAGUACUGAACUCAAGCAACCCAGAAAAAUCCCCCGAAGACUGAAUGAGUACACACAGGAGGAAAUCGAGGCUUAUCCUAGGCUCUGGAUUCCGAGUCCCGACUACUUACCAAAAUAGCUUGGACGUCACUUCCACCAUCACCACCAUCUUGGAUUUAUUUCUGUAUAAAAGCCAUGGCAGAGGUCAAUUGGUAUGACGCGGAGGCCAGGAUUUGAAUUAAUACUUUGUUUAUGUUAAUAUGUCUUUGUUUUCAAUUUGACAAUAAAUACAUUUCAGGUA